CCCGGGAGGCUGCGGGUGCUCUCCCUGCUGCUGCGCUCUCUGCUGCUGCAGCGGAACUUCUCGGGACCAUGGUGCAGCUUUAUAACCUGCACCCCUUCGGGUCGCAGCGAGUAGUGCCUUGCAAGCAAGAACCGGCGCUCUUCUGCUGCGGCCAAGACGUGCUGUUCGUGGCCAGCAAGGCGGCAAGCUGCAGGGUGGAGGUGUUCGCCGUGCGCGAACAGGGCCGCUGCGAGGCCCUGGGCUCCUUCGCCACGCUGGGUUCGGUGCUGCGCAUGGCGCACAGCUCGGCAGGAGAUUAUGUGGUGACAAUUGAAGAAAAAAGCAAAACGACUUUCCUAAGAGCAUAUAUGAACUGGAGAUGCAUGUCUUCAGGGAGUUCUCGUGUGUGUGUUCGGAUGGUUGGUCACAAGAUAGAAGAGUCAUACAGUGAAACCUUAAAAGAACAGAUGUCAGUUGUUGAAAUGCCACUUUCAGAUCCUCCACUGUGCAUUUCAUGUUGUUCUGUGAAUGGAGAUCUUCUUGUGGGCUGCAAGAAUAAACUAGUCAUGUUCUGUUUGAAAUACCAUGUCAUAAACCAGAAUUUGACUGUGUUAGAUUUUGAACGCUCCUUAAUUUUGCACAUUGAUAACCUCAUUCCUGCUGAAGUUGCAUUUUGUGCCAGACAUAUAGCCAUAACAACAGAGCUGGAUGUUCUAAUCCUGAAACUGGAAUUGGUCCAGCAAAGUGCAGACAGGACACAGCAAUGUGCUCAGGGAGUCAGCGCACCACAAAAAGCUGAGGAUGGAGGUGUGAAAGAUGAAAGUCCUCCAACACAUCCUUUACAGCUUGAAUUAGAUGAGUUCAUCAUAUGUCAGAAGCCAGUGGAACUGCUUGGGGAAGAAAGUAAGCUAUGUGAGAUACCUGUCACACUGGAAUCCACAGAGUUACCUACAGAAGACACAAAGCAUUUCCAAGUGCAGUAUCUGCUUUUCAGACGUUUUGCACCCGAUCAGUCGCCUUUUGGGUUUUGUGAAGAGACAAAGUUGCACUCUAUUCAACUGCUUCCUGUAUACCAGACAGGAAUUUCUGCAACAACCUGUGAGGAAACGGAGAACAAGAGAAAACUUCUGAAUCUCUUCUGCUUUUUCUCUUUACCUCAUGUUGGAUAUCUCUACUCUAUUGGGAAGUUAGUAGAACUAAUUUCCAUUUACCAAUAUUCAGAGAAGUCAGAGCAGGCAGUCCUCACUCCACAGUUCCUGCACGUCAUUACAAGUCAGAACCUGCAGUGUUUCACAGUUCGAUGCAGUGCUGCAGCAGCUCGUGGUGAGGAUCCAUAUAUUGACACGACCAUGAAGGCUUGUCCACCUGUCACACUGGAUGUCUGUACAUUAAGAAUGCAGCUUUUUAUAGGACCGAGAGCUAUCUGUCAUUUCAAGAACCAUAUAAUUCUUUUGACUAAGGCUGACACUGAAGAUAUUACUGAAAGAAGAAAGCCUACAAGAAGGAUGCUUUCCAGAAAGGCUGACAGCAUCAAAUCCAGAACAAAUUCUGAGUCAGAGCCUGGUUGGAAUUUAUAUAUUAUAAACACUGUUUCAACAAUUCAGCUUUACAGAGAAAUGGUAGAUUAUAGCAGAACUUAUGAAAAUGUUAAAACUGAGAGCUGCAUCCAUCUUCUAAGUGAGGCUCACUUACUGAUCAGAGCAGCUAUAAUGGACCCUCAUUUCCUUAAAUCAGAUGAGAAGGAAGAUCUUCUAAGAGCAUUCAGAGAAAGUUGUGCCUUCUUAGGGGACUGCUACAGCAGGUUUGACACAAAGGAUUACCACCUUGCUUUGCCAUACUACAGAAUGUCAGGUUUAUCAAUGACUGAAGUUUUAAAGAGACUGGUUUCAGAAGGUGAUGAAAUACAGACAUAUGAGAGAGGAUUUAUAUUUUACUUAACUCAUUCUCUUAAUGAAGACUCAAGUGAAGAAUUAAGUAAGGAAUCAGGAAAUAAAAUUCUCCAGAUAUUCUAUCACGCGGACCCUGUGCAGCUGCCUCAUAUCCUUUGCAGUCCCAGCAUGAGAAACAUAUGUCCUUUGACAGCUGUGAAGUAUCUUCAGAAAGUAGAAAAGACGAUGCCAUCAGUAGUCCUGACACUUACUAAGGCUUUCUUGGCUCUGAAAAUGGGAGACCUGACAAUGUAUGAACAUGAAAUGGAGUCCUAUAGGGAGACAACACUGGCUUGCGGCUUCAUUGGGCAGCCACGACUCCUGCAGCAGCGUAAGGAAGGAAUUGUUUUGCCAACUGAGUUUGCUGUUCACCUGAAGGAGAUGCAGCCUGGUUUACUGGUGGCUGCCACUGUGGCUUUACAUGAGAACAGUAAAAUUGAACUAGAAGAAGCAGAUACCUUUUUCAAGAUGUUGUGUAAUAGCAUUGAAAACACUAUUCCCCAGCUCCUGAUGGAUUUCUGGGAAGCUCUUCUUGUAGUGUCCUCUAAGGAAGAUAUACUUCAGGAGCUGCUAUUGAGAGUUACUUCUCAGUAUGUUUGGAGAAUAUCAAGGAAGCAACUUCCUGAGACCAAACCAUUGAAAACAACAGAAGAUCUAAUAAACUCCUGUAGUCAUUUUGGGUUGAUUGUCCCAUGGGUAUCUUCCAUAAUGUCAGUGGGAUGUUCAUGUGACAAAGACUACUGUGAAGACAUCUCGAGACUACAGUCUCUUUUAUGUAGUCAGUCAAUCAAUAUAGCUUCAGCUCUGCCUGUUUUGGAGCCCCUGACAGAGGCUGACAAUGUCGGCCUCACCAUCCGUGUUCUCUGCAAUACCCAUCUGGGCAAGUAUGAGGAAGCCAUUGACCAGCUUCUCAGAAGGUGUCCUGAUGCACUUGUGUUCUACGCUCAGCAUGAGCUAAAAGGUGACCAUCAGGCUCUGUGGUGGAACAAGCUGCUUCCUGAACUUUGCAAGAGAACUAGACUUACUGGAAAUGACUGCCCUGUUCUUAUUUCAUCACUCAGAGAAACUUUGUCGAUUGUUGCAAUGGAACUGGAGCUAAGGGAUUUCCUCAGUCUUCUACCAGAGGAUGGAACUGCAGCAUUUUUUCUGCCACAUCUUCUUCACUGUAGCCAGAGGAAGCUGCUGGCCUAAGACAAUGACCUGUGGACCUGUUAUCCACUCAACUACAAAGAAUGUGCUGUAAUAAAAAAGUCAAUGAAACAAGCAGUAGAACUCUUUAUAAGGUACUGUUGGACUCCCUUCACAUACAUCUUACAUCAGCUACUGAAGUACAGCUGUUUCCUGAGGCAAAGCAUCUGGUACCAAAGCAGCUAGGAAGUACAGACUCUACAGUACAACUGAACACACAGUGUUCACUGAAAGUAAAGUUGAAAGUCAGUCUUAAAUCUUUGUUAGUUGGAUCACUGAGCUAGGGAGGUUCAGGCAUGUGUCUAACUGUACAAGUAAAAAGUGAGUCCCUUACUCUUCCAAGUGGAAUUGGGCCCAACUGACUUGAUAUUGCAACACAGACAUUUCCUUGAAUUCUAGUUUGGAAAAUCAGGCUGCUGCUCUGUCAUCUUAGUUACGUACCCAGGCAAGUGUUGUACUGAAACCAUUUUAAUUUAGCAAUUCACAAGAAAGGCUAUUAAUUAAAGAGAAGCAGAAAUGGAAGAUGCGGACUGUGGUUGUCUUGCUGGUCUUUGUUUUUUUGUUUUCUUUCUUCUGUUAUGCUCAGUCAGUAGGCAGUAUUUGAAUUAUCACUAGGCCAUUCAUCCAGCCAAAAACUCUUAUUUCUUCUAGGGAUUUUGGUAAGGAUCUAGCAUUUUGGUAAGCAGGUGCUUAUGCAUGUGUGUACUGAUGUUUGUCUGUCUUGUGAGCAGAAAGCAUCUUUCUGCUCCUUCAGAGCUGGAAUUCAGUCAUAAUAAGCUGUCACAAUGUUUAUAACUUUUUAAUUAAUGUAGUUUGGGGUUUUGACAAUGACGAAAAAUACAAUGACUCCCAUGAUCCCAUCACCAUCUAAACCAUGUAAAGGCCUAAUUAGCUGACAGUGACUCUAUAAAAAUGUUUUCACUGGAGUUGCAAUGAUAUUUAAACCUGUAGAAGUCAGUCAGAAGAAAUAAUCUGUAUUUCAGCAAAAAUACAUCAAUAAAAAAUAAAAAAAGAUAAAUCAAAAUUAGUUUAACUUAUUCACACAGCAUUCCUGCUACAGGUUAAAUGAAUGAUCUAAUUUACUGGUAGGUGUUACGCUGGUUUCAGUAUAAUCUUUAAAAAAGACCAAAGUGAUUUAGGCUUGUUACAGAGAAGCAAUUUCAUUCUUACAGGUAUCUUGCUUUCCCUGCCUGUUUUAUACAUCUUUCCUUCUCAUUUG